AACUAAAUUUAUUAUUCUUGGUCAGCGGAAAUACAAAAUAUAUUAUUUACCGAGAUUUAUAAAAAUAAAGCAAUUUGCCUGAAUAGCGAAAAAAAAAAUGGACGCACUUUUUGGCCAAAGACCUAUUUCAUUGAAAGCAUUAACUGACUUUUCUAAUCUUGAUAGCCACGCAAAGAAGCAUUUAAAAAAUGUUUAUGCUUGUCUUACUCUUUCAACAAUAGUGGCUGGUGUUGGAGCGUUUGUUGAUAUUUACACUAAUUUUCUGGCAAGUGUCAGUGGUCUAGUGUCACUGUUUGGAUCGAUUGGUUUUUUGCUAGCAGUAGCAUGGACUGAAAAUAAACCAAAAAACCAGUUACAAAGACUUGGCUACUUGAUGGGAUUUUCGUUUUGUGUAGGAUUAUCUCUUGGUCCGUUGAUUGGACAUGUUAUCAAAAUCAAUCCGACAAUUGUGGCGACUGCUCUUUUUUCAACAUCUUUGAUUUUUUUGUGUUUUUCACUGAGUGCAUUAUGGGCAGAGCAGCGAAGCUAUCUUUAUUUGGGAGGUACUCUACUGUCUGCAUUGUCAUUGAUGUGUCUGUUGUCUUUUAUAAACAUUUUCUUUAAAUCAGAAAUGAUUUAUCAAUUUCAUCUGUAUGGUGGCUUGCUUUUGUUCUGUGCUUUCAUUUUGUAUGACACUCAACUCAUUGUUGAAAAACGAAGAAUGGGAGACACUGACUUUAUCUGGCAUUCCGUUGAUUUAUUUUUGGAUUUUGUAAACAUUUUCCGAAGACUGUUGAUCAUCUUGGGAAAUAAGGAAGAAAAAAAGAAAAACAAACGAUCCGAGUAAAUUCAAGUUUUUUCGCAUGCACAGCAAAUUUUUAUCUUACGAAUUUUUUCCGAUGUAAAUCUUUUGUUUUAUUUUAAUUGCAUUAUUUGA